UUCCCCGGUGCAAAGUCAACAUAACACAGCAAACGCACCGCAAUUAUUAACAUCUUCCUGGGGCCUCAUGAGGCCGGAGAGUCAGUCAGUGGCGGAGAGGAGCUCCGGGAGCAGGCUCCACUUUCCCCGGGACACAUCCCUGCCUCCCCGGCGCCAUGGCUCUCUACCACGGCCGCCUGCCGCCGCUCGGAGUGCCCCCGCUCAUCUACCUGUACGGGCGGGACGGUGGAGGGGUCGUGCCCGCCGCCCUGAGCUUCGUGUCCGGCCAGGAGCCUCCGCAGAAGCCGCCCUACAGCUACAUCGCGCUCAUCGCCAUGGCCAUCAAGAGCGCGCCGGAGCAGCGCGCAACGCUCAGCGGCAUCUACCAGUUCAUCAUGGACCGGUUCCCCUUCUACCACGACAACAAGCAGGGCUGGCAGAACUCCAUCCGGCACAACCUGUCCCUGAACGACUGCUUCAUCAAGGUGCCCAGGGAGAAGGGCCGGCCCGGCAAGGGCAGCUACUGGACGCUGGACACUACGUGCCUGGACAUGUUUGAGAACGGGAACUACCGACGGAGGAAGAGGAAGGCGAAAGGUCACCAGGAGGCUGUGGAGUCCAGAGCCGCUGGACACAAGCGCACCAAGGGCCCGGGGCCACCGAGGGCCCCUCACUCUUCCGCGAGGCACCACACCGGCUCGGAGAUGGGAAAGGCUCCAGCGAGGCAGGAGGCGGAGAAGACAGAACCACAAGCGGACACCGGGUCUGUUCUUGUCGAGAUUAACCAGGAGGAGCCGCCACAAAGUCCCGUGCACAGACUGAAGGUUCUCCCGGGUUCAUCCAGCGAGAGGCGGCCGGAGCCGGGUCCCGCUCCCAGACACGCGUCCCUGUGGAUGGACGGCGCACACCUCCUCGGCGCAUCCUUCCGCUGGGAGGCGGAGGACAGAAGGUUCGCGUUCAGCGGAAGAGACAGAGACAGAGGUCCGCUCUGCGCCGUCAGCUGCGGGGGGAACACGAACUUGGCUGCAUCUGCGCCGGAGAGUUCGAAAGGAGCCGUUCCGAGCCGGGACAAAUCGAAAGGUUUUAGCAUCGACAGCAUCUUAUCGAAAAAUGAAGGCGAGACGCGCGGCAGCCUCCUCGGUUUGCACGCGGACACGUACGCGGAGAACCCAGGUUUCAGUUCGUCUCUGGUCCUCGGUGCUCGGCCUCAUCACCUGCACCAGAUGGGAUUCCCCCUCUCCUCGUACCUGUCACUCACCUACCCAGACAAAGUACUGCCUUUUAAAUGAGUCCAGACUGUAUUUUACGCACGGACGCCUGAAGUUGUAAAGUGUUUAAAGCUUCACAUGCUUCGUCCCAUUGAGACAUGUUCCUCCUCUACUUCUUAUGUCAGGACCUCUUCCACGUUCUGCAUCCACAGAAGCGAUCAGACAACGACAGAGAGCAGCCGGAAGGCUUUUAAAUUCAUCUUUACGCAUGCGUAAUUGUCAGGACUGUGGUUAUAUGGCACACAUCUUCCCCAAAAUACUGCCUGAUACAACAGAAAGCUGAAAGUUUAUAACGAUCCUGUUAAUGUCGUGUGAAUGUUAAGGGGAAGCUCAACAUUUCUCACUUCAUACAUGACGAAGAACCCCCCCCCCCCAGAGAACAUGAUGAAUGUGUUAAUGUGUUUAUCCUCAGAAGAAUGAUUGUGUCUCUGAACUCUAGACUUAUUGUACAACAUGAGAAUGAAGUCUCACACUCAGUGUUUUACAUUCCACAUUGUUCUGAACUUCAUGUGCAAAUAAAGUUUAGUUUGAUAAUAAAACAUGAUUCAUUAAAUAUCAGAAGUCAAACUCAUGAAUAUAAAACUCUUGGUAAACUCCAGACUUAAUAAAGCAUCAGCUGUAAGAAAAAGAUAAAAUGUGUAUUUGUGGACUUGUUCAGUUAUUCUGUAAUUUAAAUGUUAUGAUCAUUGAGGAUGAUCGGGCCAGUGAGGUUUCCCUGCUGGUCCCAGUUUGAUCAUCAGGAAAAUAAACUUGAUCGAUGUUCUUCUGGGAACAUUGUGCAUUUUCCUGGAGGUAAACUACUGAUUAUAAUCAGUCUCAAGACAUCUGUCAUUUACUUUGUGUGAUAUUUUGUGUUAUUACUGCGGGUUUGAAAAAUAAAGUGAUCAAAUUAAUUAGUAAAACUAGUAUUGGAGUAGUAAUACAUGAAACAUACUCAAGUAAGGUACAAGAACAUCAAAUGUUACUUAAGUAUACAGUAUACGAAUAAAUGUACUUAGUUUCCACCAUUAUCCAAACCACAGAAAGACGCCACACCACAUCCGCCUGAUGAAACAAGAUGAUUCAUCUGAUGAAGAGUUCUGUUGUGAGCAGCUCGGUCACAUUUUGAUUUAUGACAUAAAGAAAAAAUAAAUGUGUUCUGUUCUGUUUUUGUUGUUACAGUUUUUGCUGCUUUGCUUCCUGCAGUAAACACAAAGUCCACAGGGAAAAUCGUUUCUGAGCAGUUCAUCAAUUUCUUUUCUUUUGCUCCCACUGUUUAUUAAAAUGAUCGAGAUCCAUAAUAUCCUCUGUGACAGCUGCACGUAUCGAAGUGACUGACAGCUGAUUUCUGACAUCGUUUAGAAUCAGUGUUGAAAAUGUCUCUUGACAAAAGAGAGGUCGUUGUGUUUAAAUUCUUUGUCAUGUUUUUACC